AUGUCUUUCGAGGGCUUGCAAGAGCGCCUGACUGCUCUACAAGAAACCACCGUACAGCUCAAAGAGCUCAUCGACCGACUCGGAACGCUGAAAUUCCAACCUGGCUCUGUGCCCCUGAACACCGACGAAGAGAGUAGCGAAAGUGGCGAGCUGAGUGUAGAAAUUACAAGUACUUUACGAGAUGGAGAAGAAGAGCAUGAGCUUCUGCAAGAAGAGGUGGAAUUCCUCCGCGGUGCAAAGCAUGAUAAGGUCAGGUUGAAAGAAGGUGUCGAAAAAAUUGGAAAGGAGCUCGAAGGUUGUCGCCUAUCUUUUCGAAAAGCACGAUUGGCAGCGAAACAUAGUCUUGCGCAGGCGCAAAGGCGAGAACGCGAGCUACUCCUUACAUCAUUUUCACAACCAGCAUCCGAGAACAACUCUCUUUACCCCGACGACGAAAAGCCCAACCGUGCCCAACGCCAUCACUACCACCCCCAACAGCAACAGUCCAGCCUCACCGAAGAGGACCAGCAGACUGUUGGAGCAAGCGCCAAUGUGACUAAUGCUCUACGGCGCACGCACGAUCUGAUCCAGGCGGAGCUGGCGCGAAGCGAGUUUGCGCAUGAGACGCUGACUGAGUCAUCCGCUGCGUUGAAGAAGCUGAACGAGUCGUAUACGGAUUUGGAUUCGAUGCUGGCCAGCUCGAAGGAUUUACUAGGAACUUUGCUGCGCUCGCAGAAGAGCGAUACAUGGUAUCUCCAAACGGCAUUCUACAUGCUGGGUAUAACGCUUGGGUGGCUACUCUUCAGAAGGUUGCUGUACGGGCCCAUGUGGUGGCUUGUCUGGCUACCUCUGAGGUUGAUGUUUGGACUGGGCACCUCGGCUGGUAGCGCAGUGAUGCACGCCGGGUCUGGAUCGGGCAAAGUGGAAGAAGCUGGACAGCCGAGCAAAGGUGUUCCCGUUGAGGGUCUGCCUGGCGAUGACUUGCCCACUAUCCAAGUUGAGACUGAAGAAGCUGAAAUCUUGGAGGAGGUGGAUAAGAUUGUGAAUGUGAUUAGGGACGCAGAAGAACUUGGAAAUAUUCCCGAGGGCGAUGAGGAUAAUGUUAAGAACCCAAAGAAGAGGAUGUGGGAGGAACCCGAGGUCGUUGAGCAGGAACGCUCUAGAGAUGAACUAUAA